CUUCCCACCCACCUACCGCCCCACCCCCUUGAAAGGAAGAAACAAGGAAGAAGAAAAAAAGUAGAAAGAAAAAGUACUGAAACAGUUGGAAACAGGGGCGAAACGCAUGGGAUUGGUCCUCUCCUCUCUGUCGCGUCUGCUCUAGACUGCACGGCCAGAAAAAGUAGGGUACAAGGCACGAGAGGGUCUAAAUCGGUCAAAGGUCAUGUACAUAAAUGCACAUACCUAAGUACAUAGUAGCAAAAGUAUCCGAAUUAAUAAUAAGGUAUAGAAAUAAAUGAUCGAUGAAACUUUAAGUGAAUGACAACAUUAAUGUCUCUCAGUGUAGCCAUAAAACGAAUGCCAAAAGGAGACACGUGUCGAAAGUUUUCUCUUUUUGUGUGCUGCCUUUUGCCUUUGCCUUCUUCGCCUGCCAAUAUCCCUGCCAUGCAUUCCCUUUUGUGACCAAGCAGACAGACAGACAGAGAGAGAGAGGGGGAGCGGGAAGAGGUACAAAGAGCGAGCCCAUCACUCCCUCUGCCAAUGCAGUAAUUUUCCUAGCGGUGGGCAAAAGUCCUUGAAGCUACACAGCCAGCAGUGGAGAGGAGAGGAAAGGGAAAGCAGGGCAGGCAGCGCAGCAGACACGCUUAAAUUGCUUUCGUCGUCGCCUACGCAGCGGCCCGAGCCCGAGCCAGAGCCCGAGCCGAGUCUUAUGUAACUGCGCCUACUGCUCUGUCGCGUCGCCCUUUACUGGUUCCACUUCCUCCACUGCUACUGCUUCUGGGUCGGGUCUCUCUUUUCGCAUGCUGUGUGUGUGUGUUAUGCAAUGUUUGUUGAAUGCACAGCACGUCCUUUGGUGUCUGCCUUAAGUUUGUUUCGGUCUCUCUCUCUCUCUCUCUCUCUCUCUCUCUCUCUCUUUCUUUCUCUUUCUCUCGCUAUCACUAUAUCACUCUGUCACUCUGUCUCUCAUUUGGUAUUCAAUUUUUAUCACUCCCCCAAAAAUAACAAGAACAUAAAAACAGAAAAAAAAAACCAUUUGCUGUCUGCCAUUUUUAUGCGUCUUUAUUAUAAUAAUGGCCAAGACAAAUUCAAUUUCUCCAUCAGCGCUUUGUCUAUUUGCCUGACUUUAAAUGGUGUGGUGGCCCAUUCUUAUUUAUCGUAGAAUUUGCUUAUUGAAUUUCCACUCUGCGCCGGCUCUGGCCUUGAGGCGGGUUUCGCCUUAAUGGAACCACCGUACCGUACCGCACGACACACUCUGGGUUCCACAGACGCGUCUUGUGGCUUCUAUGCGGGCACCCACAUGUGUGGAUUUUGUGGAUUUUGUGGAUUCCCUCGGCUUGCGCUCAUUAGGACGACCCCCAGCCCAAGCCCAAGCCAAGGCACGACGGCGUGGCCAAAGACGUUAAGGCGGCUUUGGAGAUUGCGGUUUUAAGAUUUGCUAUUACUAUGGGGACAGAGGUGAUGAGGGGCAGGUGCCAGCACGCCCAUUACAAAAGAUUAAAGUCGGCAACUUUUGACAAAUUGUUACUCGGUCUGCUGACAUCUUCCAGUGCGCAUUUGCUCAUUUUUCUACAUUUCUAGAUUUCUAGAUUUCUUUUUUGCCUUUUGUUUCAUUUGCCCACGCCAAAUGAACAUUAUGAAUGAAAAACUGCGUCUGUACAGUGAGGUCCCCAUGUGGAAGUCGGCUUGGGGAGAACUCUAUAUAAGUGCAGGCCCAAGCACAUGACAGGUGUCUCCACUGUAUUGGAAUAUAAUAAAUGAAUGCCUUCCAACAUUGCUCAGAGUGUUCUCUCCCGCUCUCCUGCUCUCCCGCUCUCUUGCUUCCCAGCGCCGCCUGUCGGCAAAGCCAUUUAGCAGUAAAGACGAAGGGAGGCGACGGCGCGGGGGCAUGGUGGAGACAUUGCGUGGGCGGCAUUGCUCUUGCGGCUUCUUGCUGCUUGCUGCCAACGCAAUGGGAAACACAAUUGCCGCUAAUAACCCAAGGCGUUUAGCGGCAGAGGCAGUGCCGGAGCGACGGAAGAGCGGCGUCGACAGAGGCAGCCAGGCGUUGUGUUUUAAUCGAAUUUUAUUUGCCGCCGUUAGCCAAUGAAUAAUUCAAAUUGAUUAUUAAAAUGUGCUCGCAUGAGCCACACACACACACACACACACACAUUCGCACAGUUACACACGUUGUAGGCGUUAACAUUAGGCCGAGAGCGGGGCGUAGAUGUGUGAAAGAGGAACUUUCAUUAAAACCGUUAUCUAUGCCAGACGCACGCACCAGACACGCAGAGACUUGCAUAAAUUACAAUUACAUUUACAUAGAGCGUGAGAGUAAGCGAGAUAAACAUACAGACGUACAGACGUACAUCUGUGUGUUCAUGUGUGUACAUAUGUGGAGCAACAGCUGUUUGUUACCCUUGCACUCAUUCCUCCCAGUGUUGACUGGUGGCGGGCACAUUUUUGUGGCCUAAACAAACAUUGAAAGUCGAAAAGUUUCAAGGAUACUGCCAGGAACAAGGGACCCACACAAGGGUCUGUCUGCGUCUGAUAUUAUGUCACUUUUCGUUAGACCCAAAAAGAUAAACAACAGAUGCAGAAAGAGCCGGUUAUGGCCUGGCUUACGCCCAACAACAACAGCGACAUCAGAAAGCACAAAUUUCUCUUACGUCAGAGAGGGUGGCGGGGAGGGGGAAAGAGAGACGGAGACCCCCCAACAGAAAAUGAGGUUAUUGCCAAUCCUGUCUGCAAUGCUCGAGUAAACAUUUUAACCUAAUUUUUUGCCGCCAGCGAGCGAGGGGAGAAAGAGGCAGAGAGAGAGAGAGAGAGAGAGUGAGAGACGGGAGAUGCCCCAGACAAUGUGAUGCGAUAUUUGCUGCUCAGAUUACCCAAAAAGCAGAAACAAUAAAAUUCGAAAGUGGAAGGCUAUACUCGGGAACCGAAAUAUUGAUACCCUUGCAGAGGGUAUCGUUUCCAGGGCAGCUAUAAGAUAAGGAGUCAGCCAACUGGACAACUGCUACUAAUGAAGAAUAUAUUUCAGUGAGCUUUGGAUUUUAAAAUGCUUGUCAAACAUAUCGCUAUAAUCCACAUACACAACCUGCAAGGGUGCGGCAAAAAAAUACGACAGGCCAAAAAGAAAAGAACUUACUCGCACAACACACAUGAUCGCAGACUGGUGGCCACAUAGCUUCACGAGAUUUUAAUUUACAAAAUUGCAUUUGCAUAUUUGUAUAAUUUACAAAGUCUUUUCGGCCACCGCCGCCGCGACCGUUGCCGAAAAUAUUCGUGCCCGAUUAUUUGCCGUUGUUUCUGCAGAGAUUUGUCAUUUCUUUCUUUCAUGCCCGCUUGCACACAUCAAUCGGCCGGUGGGGUGCGGCGGCUGGGGCAGGUAACGGAAUGUAGAACAUGUUGAGUUAUGAGAAUGGCCAUUUUCAAAUAGACACUCGCUUACACACACACACACAUACACACACGAUGCCGUACACAACAUAACGGUGUACUCGGACGUAGUAUGGAAACUUUGAUAGCGGCGGCUCAAGAAUCGCGCCAAAAUGCAGAGAGCAGCAUAUCAAGAAAAAAAUGCACUGAAACACGAGAAAAAAAACACACACACAAAAAACAACAAUGGCAAACACUGCACAGCACUUUUACAAACACAAUAAACACUAAAUAACAAUUUUACAACGAUUUUAAGCGAAAUAAAACACGGGCUGAUCAAAGCCGUGAUUUGGGCACACUGCGAUCGCAGACCUAUCGACCUAUCGAAAAUACAAAGGGGUGGCUGAAGACUGCGGGGGCAUUUUAGCUAGCCAAAAAAGUAUUAUCACGAUUUUAAGGGAAUCCCAAAUCGGCAGACGUAUUAAUUUAAGAUAUUGAAAUAAAAAAGAUGUCACAGAUGAGAGCUGGUCACACUGCAACGAUCUAUCGAUUGUCCACCUUAUUCACUGCACAGCACUGCCCGAACCUUUUCGUUUGAACCGCAAGAAUGCAUGGAAAUAAGAAAAACACGAAAAAGGUGGACUUCAACGCCAACGGUGCCAGCAAGAACACUCCGAACCCUGGCUUGGCGGAUUUCCAUCACCCUGUGGAUAAUAAUGAUAAAUUUCACGUAGAAAAACAGCGGAAAAUCCCAUGCCAAGCGUUUGAGCGGCAACUUGGCGUAAUGUGCGAGAGCAGGACAGCGGCUACCCAGGUGGCCCCAAAACCGCUGGGACAGGGAUCAACAUCCGAAAUUAAUGGGCGCGGGGUACCCUACGAGCCACUAAAUAUCUGGGAACAAGCAUUAGCUAGAAUGUUUGGGCCUGGGGUAUACGAUGAACUCAGCAUCUAUCGCAGAGUACCCGAGCUGUUCCCGGACCCUUCGAGACAGAAACAGAGCCAGAGCAGCCCAUUUGUACCCCAGGGAGUCGCCAACAGCACCAAACAGAUCAGUCGCGUGGAAGGGCCACCCUCCAAGUCCCCGAUACCCUGGGCACACAGGCGGGAAGAGGUACGCAAAGAGCCGCAAAUCAAAAUUAUGAAGGGGCCGGAGCCGAUCCGGGGCGUGCCGAAAGAACUGGAGCAGGUGGAUCGCAUGACCUCGGCAGACUUUCGGCACGACAACAACGCCCACUUGCUGAACAUGCGCACCCAGCUGAAGAACCAGGACCACAUGCAUUACUUUAAGAAUGUCAUCAGGGAUAACGUGCAUCUGUUCAAGGGGCGCGUCAUCCUCGUCCUGUCCUGCGGCGUGGGCACCCUGGCCCUGAUGGCCGCCAGCGAUGGGGAGGCGGAGCGUGUGUACGCCGUCGACCACUCGAUGGUCACUAACUACGCGGAGCUGGUGGUGAAGCAGAAUCACUUCGAGGACACCGUGAAGGUACUGCACGGGCGCGUGGCCGAUCUGGAGCUGCCCGAGAAAGUGGACGGGAUUGUGUGAAACUGGAUGGGUCACUCGCUGCUGUGGAAUUCGGAGAUCCUGGAGGUGCUCGAGGCACGGGAUCGCUGGCUGAAGAAGAAUGGCUUCAUCCUGCCCGAUCUGGCGGCCCUCUAUCUGGUGGGAGCCGCGGAGCCACAGCUGAAGGGCCUUUGCGACUGGUGGCGGCACGUCUACAGCUUCAAAAUGAACGCCAUGCGUCGGUAUGCCAUCUCCGAGCCUCGUUAUGCGAAGACCAACGGCGACUGUGUCCUCACCCUCGCCCAUCGCGUGCUGGCGCUCAAUCUGCACAGUGCCACCAAGAAGGAUCUGCAGAUAGAUCGCGAGAUACGGCUGAAGGUCACCAAGGAUGGGCACCUGGAGUGCUUCACUCUAUACUUCGAUGUGUCGUUCAGCCAAUGCCAUCUCCAGCGCAUCCUCAGCUGCAAUCCCUGUCUCGCCAGCGGCCGCAAUUCGCUCUGGCUGCAGACGGUUCUCUUCGUCGAGAGUUCCUUUGUGCUCCGUGAGAAUCUGCACUAUGCGGGUCGCUUCAUCUUCCGCCCCCUGAAGGGAUUCGACACAAAUCAGUUCGAGAUCAUCAUCAAGCUCCAUGUGAGCGAGCUCUUCAAGGGGGAUCAGCCGGAGUACUUUGGCAAUCGUUUGGUCAACAAGCGCUGGCUGAUGAUGGAGCGCAACCAGACGGUGGCCGAGGUGGAUAGCUGUCAGGACGAGGAUUUUUGAG